CCUCGGCCAAUCGGCCUAAAUCAACUAUCCUCAUUGGUCAGAACGACACAGAGGAAUGCCUUAAUUUGAUUGGAUACCGCGGGAGAACCAUCCGACCACAUUCCCGAGUUGCAUGUCGCUGAAGGAAGUGUCCUUUUAUGGAAUGCUGAGAAUUUAAGGAACAUACCCACCUAUUUCCGGCUGAUCAGGGUGUGUGCGAUUUUUUUAAAGGCAGUUUUUGGUGUGGGAACUCGUUAUUCUUGUGCAAAACAAUUUAGCGCAUUGGUUCGACAAAGUUGUGUAGAAAAUGUCCAAGUCAUUGAAAAAGAUCGUGGAGGAGAGUCGGGAGAAGAACUUGCCCGAAGUUGACAUGUGUGACAGAGGCAUAUCUAACAUGACAGAUGUCCCGGGGCUUUUCACCCUGUGCAACAUCACCCAGUUAGUCCUGAGCCACAACAAGCUGACGACUGUCCCCCCCAACGUGGCCGAGCUGAUGAACCUGGAGGUGCUGAAUAUGUUCAACAACCAGAUCGAGGAGCUGCCCACACAGAUCAGCAGCCUGCAGAAACUCAAGCACCUGAACCUGGGGAUGAACAGAAUGAGUUCUCUCCCUCGUGGGUUUGGAUCUCUCCCUGCCCUGGAGGUUCUGGAUCUGACCUACAACAACCUGAAUGAGUCGUCUCUGCCCGGCAACUUCUUCUACCUGGCGACUCUGCGCGCACUCUAUCUCAGCGACAACGACUUCGAGAUGCUCCCGCCUGACAUCGGCAAACUGGGCAAGCUGCAGAUCCUGAGUCUGAGGGACAAUGAUCUGAUCUCUCUGCCCAAAGAGAUUGGAGAUCUGACCCAGCUCAAAGAGCUGCACAUCCAGGGCAACCGGCUGACUGUGCUGCCCCCGGAGCUGGGUAACCUCGACCUGACAGGGCCCAAGCAGGUGUUCAAAGCGGAGAAUAACCCCUGGGUGACCCCCAUCGCUGACCAGUUCCAGUUGGGCGUGUCCCACGUCUUUGAAUACGUGCGCUCAGAGACCUACAAGUAUCUCUACGGCAGACACAUGCAGGCCAACCCCGACCCUCCGAAGAAGAACAACGACAAGUCCAAAAAGAUCAGCCGCAAGCCGCUGGCCUCCAAAAACAAGUGAGGAAGAGGAGGAUGAAGAAGAGGACCGGCUUACCGGGACCCUCACUGCACGUGCCUUCCCCCACAUUUUUCUAUUUAUUUACAAAAUCUUUAUUAUUACUUUUUUUAAAUAUGCAUUUUAUACCGCAAACAGUAUCCGUUUACCACACUGUAGGAGCAGCUCUGUCUCACUCACCGGCAGUCGUGAGCGAUGCCGUGUCCAUAACGUGCCUGUCCUCUCACGUCUGCGUGUAAAGGUCUCUCUUCCCGUCUGAGAGGGGCUUUGCCCCGGUCCUGGAGAGCCACAGGGUCUGGUACUGCUGUUCCACUCUAAAGUCACGGGGUGCGUUAGAUCCGGGAGAGCAGGUGAGAGGGGAAGCAGGUGUGACCGGGACGAACAGCACGCCCUGCGCAUCUCCCGGACCGCGGCCGGUCCUCCUACUUCCAGCGGGACUUUACAUGGCAUGCUCUCCCAUUGGCUGUUCUGUCGCCUCGUCCAAUAGCAGCGCAUUGGUGGGAAUCAAAGAGAGGGACGUCUUUACUGCAACCCGAUUGGCUCGUUACCGACGUUGGCAAGGUGGGCCGUGUCCGUCUACGGUUGUCACGGCUACACCUGGCCUUAAUUAGGUAAUCCCCGUCCCGAACGUUCGUACCAGGACGUUUCAGGCAUCGCGGCGGUCACGGCCGACCUGUUUCGCUGCGAGUCUUGCCGAUUUAUUUGACCAGUUCUCAACGUCUGUGUGCCAGCGAGGAGUGAGGAGAGGCCGUUUCAGCAGUGCUUGGAUGUUCUGUUGUUUUCAAGGCCACCAUGCCAGAUCCAGCGCCUUGCUGUGCAGCAUUACUGUAAAAUUACGGUGCUUCGUAAUAUCAGGAAACCCUGAAAGCCUGGCUUUCUCAACGGAGGGGUGUUCUCUCCCACCCCACACUAUCACGUCCCCCUAAUAUAAUGCCCCCUCCAUUGUGGGUUCGGAAAAGGAGGGGUGCAGGGGGACAGAGAACAUCCCAAAUGUGCAGCUUGGGACAUUAAAAAAAAUUAUAAUAAAAAAGAAAAUGGCCACUCAGUGAUCCUCUCAGACGGUGCCUGCUGGUGAUUGGGAGAGUGAGGUUUCACAAAGAAGCGCCCGUAGGCCCGCCUAGGUUGGAGUUUCUCCACUCGGAACCCUGAUUUUGGGCUCCAUUUUGGCUCUACGUGCAGUGGAUCCCCUCCCCCCUUCAUCGAGUCAAAACCUCUGAAAAUAGGUCACCGCUUAGCGACGGCACAGAAUGGCGCCUUCUGAAAGAACCCGUAGAACCAUUUACCUCAGUACCUUACGAAAUAAGAGCGUAAGGUAUGUAAAAAUGUCUGAACAAACCUUUUUCCUAACAUUUCAUUUCAAUCGUGCCAACAGUCCCAACACAUUUCAUCACGAUGAAUGUCGACUUCACGAGGCGAACUUCAUAAUAGCUUUUAUAUACUAUGUGUAUCACUGCAUUAUCUGUAUUGAAUGUGUUCUGCAUAUAUUUUAAAUAAAGUUAUCUCUUUGUUUGAA